CGUCAUUUCGUAGCAUCGGCUCACUCAUGAGGUGUUGUGUUCGGAAACGCACUUGGCUUUUUGGCUUGGACAAACUAGAAGUUUUACUGUUCAGGUGAGUUAGUGGAAGUCGGUACUAGCUGUGGGAAGAAUCAUGUGGCAGAAUUUGUGACAUCUACGAAUCCUCGACAGUUAACGAAGAAUUGGUCUCGCGCUACACCAUGCAAAUGACUCUCCAACCACCACAACACAAUUUCGCAAGGACAUCACAAAUCAAGCAGAGUCCAAGUAAGACGGAAUUCGAGAUGGCGCCGAUGAUCGCAAUGCACAGGGCAGUGCAAGUGAGAAAUGUUGAAUUGGAAAAGUCAGAGUCACUGACAAACAGAGUGCAAGUGGCGAUGGUGCCGACUCCGAGGGCGCUGCCUGGUGAAGUGGUGGUGCACAUGCUGUGUCGGCCGGUGCAUCCCGCGGAUCUAUUAAGCAUUGCCGGGACGUACCCGCCGUGGCAGCCACCGUGCCUGCCCGCAACUGUGGGCCUUGAGGGCAUGGGCGUCGUUCAUGAGCUGGGGGAUGGGGUUGAGGAGGAGUAUGGAUUGAAAGAGGGUCAAAGAGUUUUUCCGUACAUUCCCCGGCCAGACUUGGUGGGACAAGGAAGUUGGCAAGAAUUCGUGGUCGCACCGGCUCAGGAUGUCUUCCCUAUCCCUGACUGCGUCUCUGACGACCUAGCGUCCCAGUUUUACGUCAAUCCAUGGUCAGCUCUGGCGAUGCUGCGGGAACUCAACCCCCAGAAGGGAGACUACAUCAUUCAAUCGGCAGCUGCGUCGACGCUUGGGCGCAUGAUCAUUCAAGUGGCUCACUACUACGGCUUCAAAACGAUCAACUUGGUACGACGCAAUGAUCAAAAAGCAGAACUGAAGGAGCUCGGCGCCGACGAGGUGAUCAACUACAUGGAAGAGAAUGUGGUUCAGCGGGUGAAGAAAGUCACGAAGGAGAAGAUGGCCCACGGUGGACUCGACUGCAUCGGCGGGAAUUUCACCAAGACCGUGAUGUCGAGUGUUGCAAAAGGAGGUUUGGUGCUCGUCUAUGCGUCUUUGGGGGGUAAAACUUUGCAGCCAGGGCUGGCCAACCUCAUGUUCCGAGACGUGCGCUUGCAUGGAUUCUGGCUCUCCAACUGGCUUAACCGUCUCACCACGGAGGCGCUUGACGAGUUCAGCGAAACUGUGAUGAAGCUUCUGGCGAGUGGCGUCUUUCAAACACAGACCGCAGAUGUGUUUCCCCUCGCUCUCGUCGAGCAAGCUAUCAUCCGGAGCCAGGAGGUUGGAAGGGCAGGAAAAGUUCUCCUCGUGAAUUAGACGGAGAUGUGCGAUGGCUACACCUUUCGAGAGAUUACUCGGGGAUCCUUCUUCUUCUUCAUCUGCUAGCCUGCAAUUCGAGAAUGCCGAGCACGGUGAAAAACCAUGACCUAACAUGGAUCUCCACCUGCUUCAUUGUUAAGUUAUUAGAUACAAAUCUUUCCGAAAAGAUUUGGGUGCUUUAGGAAUCAAUAGAUACAUAUAUAUAUAUAUAUAUAUAAAUAAAAUGGAAGGCAUGGUUUUGCUCUUGUCUCAGAAGGAGCCCAUCCUGUACAAGUGGACAUGAACAUAAUAAAACAUCGGUGGAUUAUAAAACCAAAA